AAACAGUCCUGCAUGCACAACAUUCCUUAUAUGGGCGAGGAGGUCCUGGACAAAGACGAAGGAUUUAUAGAAGAACUGAUCAGGAACUAUGAUGGAAAGAUUCACGAUGGUCGUGAUGGAGGAGAGGUGUCAAGUCUGAGCAUAAAGCCCUUAUCGAGGACGGAGGCACUGAACUCGUACCAAACACUAUUCUGUCGUCGCUGUUUCAAGUACGAUUGUUUCUCCCACGGUUGGUACCCUGGCCCACCCUCUCCCACUCCCUGUCCCUCACAGUCGUCCCCUCGGAGGGAGCCCUGUGGACUACAAUGCUUCCUGCACAAGGUCAAUUCUGAGAACCUAGCAUCACUGCUGACUCAGCACUCUGGUCCCAAAGGGAGGAGAGCUAACAAAGCGACCAAUCAGAUUGCAGCAAAGCCGACAUGUGACUCCAGUGACGAAUCAAGCUCAGAAGGUUUAGAUGACGAGUGGUUAGCUGAAGGGUCAAAGGACAAUCUUUCCACCACUGGCGGAGAGGGGUCAUCAAAGGUCAUUGUGGAGGAGGCAGUAAAAGAAAAGACUGAAUGGAAUGGCUCUGAAACGACAUAUUUUCGAAUGCUUCAUCCAAUUUUUGUCAAUAAUUUCUGUGCCAUAGCUGAACUACUACGAACCAAGACUUGCCUCGAGGUGUUUGAGCAUGCCCAGUGCGUUGCUAUGGAGAUGGGUCAGCCCAAAGAUCGGCAACUGGCAGCGAAGAAAAAGAAGAAGAGUAUGAGGUCUUGGACGGCACACCAUCGCAAGAUCCAGUCAAAGUUGGAGGGUCAAGUGACGUCGCAAUCUAACUACCAGCCAUGUGAUCACCCCGGUGUGUCAUGUGACAGCAACUGCUCCUGUGUCUCCUCAAGGAACUUCUGUGAGAAGUUCUGCAGAUGCAGUCAAGAAUGUCCCAACAGGUUCCCUGGUUGCCGUUGCCGUGGCUCCUGCUCCACUAAACACUGUCCUUGCUUCCUGGCCGUGAGAGAAUGUGAUCCAGACUUGUGUAACCUUUGUGGAGCGGGUGAUGGUCUUACUGCGGGCUCUGCUGGCUACAGUGGCUGCAGCUGCAAGAAUGUGUCCAUCCAGCGUGGUCUCAGCAAGCACUUGUUACUGGCUCCCUCGGAUGUGGCAGGGUGGGGCAUCUUCCUCAAGGACAGAGUUCAGAAGAAUGCUUUCCUCAGUGAAUAUUGUGGAGAGGUCAUCUCUCAGGAAGAGGCGGACAGACGAGGGAAGGUCUAUGACAAGUACAUGUGCAGCUUCUUGUUCAACCUUAAUCACGAUUAUGUGGUGGACGCAACUCGCAAAGGCAACAAGAUCCGUUUUGCCAACCAUUCAAUUAACCCAAACUGCUUUGCUAAAGUUAUAAUGGUGAGCGGUGACCACAGGAUUGGCAUCUUUGCCAAGAGGAACAUAGAGUCUGGGGAGGAGCUCUUCUUUGACUAUCGAUAUGGACCGACUGAGCAGCUCAAGUACGUGGGCAUUGAGAGAGAGGCACUCUAGUCUAGUGGACAUUAACAUUGUGUGUGUGUGUGUGUGUGUGUGUGUGUGUUGGAGACAUUCUGUUAUCGUUUUCCUGUGUGAUGACCUUUACCAAACUAUUGCUAUUAAAUUGUUGA